GAGCGCGCUGGAGCUCACAGGAAGGCGUGGAGCUCGUGCAGAGUCUCUUCUCUCGCGAGGAAGGACGCCAUUACCGAAAUCCCUACAAAACAACACGAGAAUUCAUCAUUCACACGGCUUGAAUGAUGUCUGAACAGGAUCUGGUGGAGAUAGUCCAGAUUGCUGUGGCGGAUUUAAACCAUGAGGAAAAUGAUGCAGUUGUGUUAUGUACGGGGUCUUUGGGAUUGCUUUAGAUGUUCUGGAGAACCAUGACGAUGCUGAUAAGCCUGAGCGGAAGCGAGCCAGGAUGGAAGGCAGUAACCAGGAUGUGACUCUCAAAGCAAUGCUAAUGUCUAUCAGCCAGGCGAUUUGCCAGAGGCUGGAUAACAUGGAGGCGAAGCUGCAGGUGCUGGAGGCAACAUGUCGGGCCUUGGAGGAGAAGUUUGACACUGUGAUGGGGAAAAACCCAGGGGCUAUUCAGGUGCCAAUGGUGGCUGGAUCACCUUUCGGUGCUACGCAGACGUGUGACAAAGUUCGCUGUGUGGUGCCCCAGACCAACGUGGUAAUGAGCAGUGAACGUCCUAAACCAAGCCAGGAGGAGCCUCUUCCUCGCACCACAGACUCACUGGAGAAUCUUCUCAGCAAUGAAUCAGUAACAACUGAAUAUUUGGCUGACAGUACGGUGGGCAGAGGGAAACAAAAAACAAUCGUCCUAAAGGUGCCAGGGCCAGAAGAGAGUCAGGAGGACCAGGAGAGUGGAUCAGAAGCCAGCGACUCUGUGUCCAAUAGUGGCCAGUCCUCAGCGCAGAGCACCAACAACGUCACGCUCAUCACACUUAACUCAGAAGAGGACUACCCUGCAGGAACGUGGCUUGGGGACGAAAAUAACCCAGAGACGCGCGUUCGCUGUCCUGUGUCUCCAGGCGACAUGCUGCACAUCAGCAGUAACUGCCGCACACCGGAGAAGAUGGCGCUCACCCUGCUGGACUACCUGUUUCACCGUGAGGUGCAGGCUGUCUCGAACCUGUCCGGCCAGGGCAAGCAUGGCAAGAAGCAGCUGGACCCACUCAUGAUCUACGGCAUUCGCUGUCAUCUGUUCCACAAGUUUGCCAUCACAGAAUCAGACUGGUACCGCAUCAAACAGAGCAUUGACUCCAAGUGUCGCACAGCAUGGAGACGGAAGCAGCGUGGUCAGAGCCUGGCUGUCAAGAGCUUCUCCCGCAGAGUCCCGGCUGCCCGCACUGGCUCAGAAGGGGUCUCAGUAACAGAAACAGCUACUUUGGAGAGCUCCACACAGCAGGCCCUGCAGUAUGCACUGGCUGGUGCAGCCCAACAGGUCCAGAUCCACCGCAUAGGAGAAGAUGGACAAGUGCAAGUAAUUCCACAGGGACACCUCCACAUAGCACAGGUGCCACAGGGAGAGCAGGUGCAGAUCACGCAGGACAGUGAGGGCAACCUUCAGAUCCACCAGGUGCAUGUUGGGCAGGAUGGACAGGUUUUGAGAGGGACUCAGCUCAUUGCGGUGGCCUCUGCUGAUGGGACGGGGACGGUGGAUGCGUCUCCUCUGCAGGCAAACGACAUCCAAGUUCAAUACGUUCAGCUGGGCCCUGUGACUGACCACGCAGGAACUGUGCAAGCUGAGGCACUAGGCUCUGCGCUACAGGCGGAGAUGGAGGUGAAGGAGGCUAUACAGAUCCAGCAAGGUGCGAACGGAGAAGUGGUCCAGAUUCAGAUGCCUGUCAACACAGUGGGCACCUGAGACACCAGCUCAUGCACUCUCUCUCAAACGCAAGAUUCCUUUACGUACACAGAUGCAUCAUUGCGAUUCUGCAGCAGGAGCACCUGAGAUAGAGAGAGGGAUAAAGACUGAUAUGUGUGGGUGCUCAAGUUCAACAUUUGAGUGGACAACCAUGGGUUAAGCCCAGGCAGAGGGUCUUAGUUUAAACAAAUCAUAAUUCCUUUUGGGUCAACCAGUCUUAUUGGCAACUUCCUGACAAUCACAGAUUGUGAAAGAGACCAGUCAGCUUAUUAACACAAGAGCAAUGUUGGCUCUAGUGCAGGCUUGUCAAAGCUGCAUGUGAUACAGGCUGUGGCCCAGCUGAGUACAGGAGAAAGGAGUAUUUUUUUCCCCCCCCUUUGCAUCUGCGUUCCAUCACUGCAGCAGCUUCACUGUGCAAGAUGAGUUUAUUUAACUACAGCUUCGAGGAGUCUGUCUAGCUGUUAGGUUUUCGAGUUCAGCUCAUCCCCUAACAGUUACGUCAAAGAACCUACCAUGUGAAAACUGUAGUUUGCUUCACAUGCUUCCUCUAAGGUUCUGGUUUCCGAAUCAGCUGGAGCAUCUACUGCAUAACUGAUGUUGCUUUGUUUAAAAUAAUAUGUGAAUUCUUUGGGUUUUUUAUUUUUUAUUUGUUUGCUGUCAUUGUUUGGCUUUCACAAUGGUUAGCCCAUUAAAGUGGAUUGUAGGUUCCUUGAAACCUUUUGGUAAGAAAUGUAUUAAGCAGAAAUAUUUAUGGCGCCUUUUUAGCAGACAUUUGAUCCAUACUGUAGCUAGGAAAUGUGAAUUUCUAUUUGGCAGUGAUAGCGAUCAACCCAUGUACAUACAUUGUGUUACAUAAGCAUUCACCCCCCUGGUACAACCUGGAACUGAAAUGGACUUAAUUGAGAUUAUAUGUCAUGAAUUUUAGUUCUGGUGCAAGUAGUUUCCACCAUAAAUCACAGUUAAUUUAAUUGUACACAGCUGGACUCCAUUCAAAUAUCAUAUGAUCUCAAUAUAAAUAAACUUGGAAAGUAUCUGGAAGGCUCCAGAGUUUGUUAGAGAACAUAUCUAAACAAACAGUAGUCCAGGAGAGAGUCGUGGAAACACAUCUAUCAGUGUUUGGUUCUAAAAGAGAUCCCAAACUUUGAACAUCAUUUGUAGCACCAUUAAAUCCGUUAAAACAUGGACAGAAGAUGGAAAAUCUACAACUGUGUCUUGAGGAAGCUGUCCACCAAAAGUCAAUAACCAGGUAAGGACACAAUUAGUCAGAGAAGCUACCAAAAUGGCAAUGUGAUGUUAUCACCACAUGCUUCCCCAUCAGUGAUGAGCAAUGUUGAGUUUCCACCAUGUGUAGGACUUUGUGCCAAGGUCAAACUGUUCAGUUGUGGUCUCAUCAGAACAAAGACCCACGUGUUUGCUGAGUCUCCAUUGAGGCUUGAAUUGCGCUGUGCAGAAUACUGUGCUUUACACUGUGUGUAUGACUUGUUCAAAGGGGAAUAAAAGAUGCCCAUUGCCA